AUGAAUAAACCUAAUAAAAUCAACAAUACACAACCACCAGAACCAUCAACUAAUGUUUUAUAUUUUACUGAUACAUCAGUUACACCUAAAAUGUGUAAAAUAUCUAAAAUGCUAGGUGAAAUUAAAUUACGUGAUUUUAAGAAAUUAUUUGAUAGACCAUCAAUGUAUAGAUAUCAUUUUAAAGCUUUAGAUCCAGAAUAUGGUACUGUUAAAGAAGAGAUGGCUAAUGAUGAUGAUAUUGUACCAGGCUGGGAAGGUAAAAUAGUGGCAUGGGUAGAGGCUGAUUUACAAACAGAAUGUUAA